GCGACUGGGGCGGGUGGCUGGGCACAGUUCUGCGCUGCUUUCCUCGCCUUCAUUCCCAAGCCGUAACUGGAGGAAGUUGCAGGGGAAGUGGGACACGGGAAAGUGGCCGAGGUACCGUCUCUCCAUCCUCCCCGCCCUCCCCUUUCCCCCGUCCCUCCCCAGGAGCGGAUCAUUGACUCCCAUUAGCAGCGCCAGCCUGGUUUUGUUUUCAAAAAAAUCUCACAACAUUUCUGGAGCCGGAGCAGCUGGAAAUGGCUAACUCCAGAGAGUCCCCGCCCAGCAGUUCUUCGAGUGUUGACCUGAAGACAUCUCUGGAUGAAUGUAUGACUGCUAUGGACUUGUUUCUUAAUAAUCGAUUCAGUGAGAGCCUGGAGAUGCUGAAACCAAGGGUGAAGGACAGCAUGUACCAUGCUUUGAUAUAUGCCACCAUUUUGGAAAUGCAGGCAAUGAUGACCUUUGAACAUGAUGACAUCAUCAGUGCAGGACACACGAUGAAAGAAGCACAGGAGAUUUGUCAGAGGUUCCGCAAGAAGUCGACUGUUGUUGGUUCGCUCUCGAGUCUGGUGAACAAGCCAGCUGGGGACCACUUCACAGAAGAGGAAGUCCACGCAGAGGUUUGCUAUGCAGAAUGUUUGCUGCAGAGAGCAGCUCUGACCUUCUUACAGGAUGAGAACAUGGUCAGCUUUAUCAAGGGUGGAAUUAAAGUCAGAAGCAGCUUCAUGAUUUACAAGGAGCUCCACAAUUUUCUGCAGUCGAGCCUGUUCAUUAAAGGACCGAAUCAUUCGCAUUUAGAAGGAGGCAUUUCCUUGGGAAUUGGAGCAUUCAACCUGACGCUGUCGCUGUUCCCCACACGGAUCCUGAAAUUGUUGGAGUUUGCUGGCUUCUCUGGUGACAAGGAGUAUGGUCUGUCGCAGUUACACGAUGGAGUGCUGGUGCCCAACCUUCGAGCGAUUCUCUGUGUCAUGCUGCUGCUGUGUUACUAUACUUUCCUCACUUUCAUACUUGGUACAGGAGAGGAGGAGGUCACAGACGCAGUGGUUCUCCUUCAGCCCUACCUCACUCGCUAUCCCAAGGGAGCAAUAUUUUUAUUCUUUUCAGGAAGAAUUGAAGAAAUUAAGGGGAACCUUGAUGAGGCAAUCAGAAGGUUUGAGGAAGGCUGUGCUGCACAGCAAGCCUGGAAGCAGUUCCAUCACAUGUGCUACUGGGAGCUGAUGUGGUGCUUUACCUAUAAGCAGCUGUGGAAGGUGGCUUACUUCUACGCUGACCUCCUCAGCAAAGAGAACCGCUGGUCUAAGGCUAUGUACGUCUACAUGAAAGCUGCAUACCUGAGUAUGUUACCUGCACACGAAGCAAAACCCUUCGGGGAUGAUGAGGUCGAACUCUUCAGACAAGUACCCCUGCUGAAGCAGAAGAUCGCUGGUAAGUCUCCUCCCACUGAGAAAUUCGCUAUUCGAAAAGCCAGAAGAUACAAGUCCAACCACGCUGUGAGGCUGCCAGUACCAGCCCUGGAGAUGAUGUACAUGUGGAACGGCUUUGCAGUCAUCGGUAAACAGCGGGAUCUUACGGAAGAAAUGCUGAGAACGAUCAGCGAGGCAGAGACAGCGCUAGAGCAAGCAGCACCUAAUGACUAUCUGACGGAUGACAGGUGCAUGGUGAAACUUCUGAAAGGGUUAUGCUUGAGACAUUUGGGAAACGUCUUGGAAGCUGAGCAGUGCUUUGUCUACAUAUAUCACAAUGAGAAGCACAUCAAAUUUGACCACUACCUGAUUCCAAACGCACUUCUGGAGCUCAGUCUGCUAUAUAUACAACAGGCGAGGAAAGAAGAAGCUAUUAAGUGGCUGAGACGAGCAAAGCAAAACUACAAGGAUUAUUCCAUGGAAUCUCGGACGCUCUUCCGAAUACAUGCUGCUCUUUCCAAACUGAAGGCAGAGAAAGACGAGAAUGGGUUUGAAGUGACUGCCCUCUAGAAGUGAACCCAAACCAAUGUAAAAUGGAGGACUUAAUAAACAUUAAAAGUGGGUCAAUAUAGGAAGUGGGUAAAAUUAAAACAGGAAAAGGCCAGGAAAUACCUGGGGGUUGAAUUUUUAUGCCUUGGGACAUUUGUGAGCUUCGGGGAGCUGGUCUGCCCAUACUGAAUCUCACACACUCAUGGCUCAUAAGUAUUGUCCUGUGUCAUUUUGAUUUGAGGGGAAGAGGUGGAGAGUGUUCCCAUGGUGACAAGUGACAAUGCCAUAUUUCAAUUGCGAUGCAGGGUCCAUAGUCCUUCCGACUUUUCUUGGGGCUUAGGAUCUUAAAAAUACUUCACAGGUUGCUCUUAUCAACAUGGAGUGAGAAAUGCCUUUUAUUAACGUUGAGGUAUCAAGAUGAGAAAAGGACUCUUGGAAGACAUUACAGGAAGAACUGCGUACUUUUUGAUUUUUCUUACUGCUCCUGAAUUUACCAUGAUUAAUCCAGGUGUUAUUUUUGGAAGCCCCAGAGUUAAGAGGUCACUUUAUUAGCAUGACUGCAUUCAUUUAAUUGUAAAACAAAAAUGUAGCUUCUUGAGCUAGGUUCUUCCUCAAAGUAUUUGGAGAUAGAGACAAUAAGAAAACUUUCCCUCACAAAAAAAACAAAUACGCAAUUAACAUUUUACCGAGUUUACACUUAGAAUUGAAAUAACAUUGAAAUGCAUUGAUAUGGCUUCACUCUUUUUUAAAAAAAAAUUGUGGAUAGGUCAACUUCCCUUCAGUUUUAUAAACCAGAUUAGAUGAUUCGGUUCCGGUCAGCGAAUGGGAUCAGAAUUGAAUACUUUGGGCAGGAGACUUGCUGUUUUAAUCUGGAACAUUAAAUGAUUUUCAGGAAUGUUUUGAUAUCCUGUGUUCAGAUGAAGUUGAGUUACAUAGUGGCUACUGCUUGACAGCUCAACUGCUCGGUUUAAUGUCUUGUCUUUCGUUUGUGUAAUUAAGAAGAUAGAUUCUGUAGGAGUGUUGGCAGACUUGGAGGAUGAGCUAACUAUUCCCACAAAUAAUUACUUUACCACCCCUGCCUCUUCCAGAUCUGUUGCUCUCAUUGCCAGCGUGCAGUGUUACCCUCUGUCGCAUGGUCACGUGGAACUUGUCUUGUUGAAAAGAGAGAGGUGUUUCCAAAACUUCUUAUCUCUUACUCAUCACGACAAACUCAGGAAUGCCACAUUUUCACACUGAGCCAAGUACAUAGGCUGUACAUCUUAGUGAGUGGCUUAUUAGAUCAAACAACAUGUUCUUUUGGUUGUUCAAAAUAGCCAAGUACAGCUUGUACCUGACAGGACUGUGUUUGCCAAGCCCAGAGAAAUUGUCAACCAUUAAAUGUGAUUCCAUGGUUGGACAGUGCAUGCUGACUAAUCCCAGGUGUGCUGUUAAUUUCACUCAGAACCAACCUAAGAGCCAAUGGGGAGGUGAUGGCCUACUGGUGUUAUUGCUGGACUGUUAAUCCAGAGACCCAGGUAAUGUUCUGGGGAACCCAGGUUUGAAUCCUGCUACGGCAGAUGGUGGAAUUCAAAUUCCAUGUAAAUAUGGAAUUAAGAGCCUAAUGAUAACCAUAAAACCAUUACCAAUUAUUGUGGGAAAAAUCUAUCUGGUUUCUGAUGUCCUUGCCAUCCUUACCUGUCUGGCCUACAUGUGACUUUAGACCUAGGGUAGACCACUGGGCAAUUAAGGAUGGGCAGUAAAUGCUGAUCUAGCCAGUGACAUCCCCACUCCAUGAAUGAAUUUUAAAAAAAGGAUAAUCGCUCAGCUUGUAAUGUGGCUCAUUCAUGUUUGCGAGGUGUGACAUACAUUCAGACAGAGGGACCCACUCUCUGUAAACAUGUUCAAGCCUUGGGCCUUUGUUGAAUUACCUAUAGUUUAAAUGUGUUGCUGUGGCUUCAUUCUAUUUUCAAAUUGCAGAAUGAUCAACUCUCCUUCAGUUUUAGCAACAGGACUCAAUGAUUUAGUCCUACCUGGUGAGUAGGAUCAGACAUGAAUACUUUGGAUACAAGAUUUGCUGAUUAACACAGCAUAAUAAUUCAUUCAGGAUAAUUUUUGUCGAUAGUUCUCCAUUGCUUCUCCAAGACAACACCUCGGCUAAUCAUAAGUAUACUUGCCAACCAAUCAUUUCUCUUGUAUUAGAAAUCAUUUUAAUUGUUGGAAAUUUGGCAUAGUUUGCAUUUGUCUUGGUGAGUGCAAGAUUAAACUAAUUGGAAAAUAUGUCUCUUCAGCAGCAUCACCAACAUUGGUAUUGUUCCAUCAUCUGGGACAAGGUCAUUCUUCAUUUGAGACCAUUGAUGGGCUGGUUGAUUGUGGAGAGAAUCACCGGGAACCUUAAUCUUCUUCUCAUCUGAUAUCAACACAGGGUACAGAGGAAGAUGGUCAUAGGUGGAGACCUGUGCUGAUCUUCCCUCUCAUGCAGUGAUGUCAAGGCCAGUUGACAUGCUCGAGUGUAACCAAUGUGGCCCGGCCUGCUCUGCAAGACUCCAGCAGGUGAUUGUGGUGCCCAAUUGAGAAGUGUCAGUCCCAUUGACUGACCCCUGGCACCACAAUAGCAAUGAUUGGCUCGCUCACCGAGUUUGAAGACGUUUCAUUACGCUGCUGGGUACUCUUGUGGCUAAUUUUCUUACUGCCUGUCCAAUGUAAUGUUUGUCGCAGUCCUUGCAUGGAAUUUUGUAUAUUAUGUUGGUUCUGUGCAGAUUGAGUAAGGAGUCUUUUAGUUUUAAUUAGCAGGUGGCAUAGGGUUGAGGUCGGUUUGUGUGCUACUCUGAUGCCCAAUGGUUGUAGGAUUCUUGUGGUCAGUUCAGAUAUGUUCUUGAUGUACAGUUGCAUAAUGAGUUAUGUUAACUUAUGUUAUGAGUUAUGUAGUGUGAUGGUAGGGCGUACAGUAUGUUCCUGUUAUUGUUCAUAUAAUACGCAUCAUUGGAUCUAGUUGGUCGGGUCUCCAAUGUCCUUAAAUACUUGGUGGAGAUACUCUUCCUCUUUUUGGUAUCGUUCUGGGUUGCUGCAGUGUGUUGUUUUCAUUUAAACAGUGUUUUCGCGCAACUUCGUCUGUGGGUGUUAGGGUGGUUACUGUUGAAAUUCAGUACUUGGUCGGUGUGUGUGGCCUUUCUGUGUACCGUUGUCAGGAAUUCCCUGUUGGCUCUGCAUCUACCAUGAUGCAUGUUGGACAAACAGGAAGAAAAUUGGCCACAAGAGUACAUGAAUACCAACUAGCUUCAAAAAGACACCACCAAUACCCACUCAUGUCCAUCCGCACAGUUAAAGAGAACCACCAAUUCGACUGGGGCAACACCGGUCGGUCAGGCUAAACAGAGAGAAGUACGGGAAUUUCUAGAGGCCUCGUCCUCCACCAAGACCAUCAAUGAACACAUAGAACUAGACCCUAUAUAUAUACCACUGCGAAGGAAAACCGGAAAUCCAACGGACCACAGAGUUUAAAUAGCAGGUGGGAAAACACAACGGCACUUCAUUGGAGGCUGCACUGAUGUUACCCCACAAGGUAAUGAAACGUCUGCGAACUAAUGAAACAGCUCAGCGAACAAACCAAUCACAACAUCCACAACCCAAGCUACAAACCUACUCAAGGACUGUGAUCGCAAAUCAAUUUGCCCUUGUAUACUUUUUGUAUCUUGGCAACUAAUUUGAAGGCUGACCCAAAAAGAUACCAUCAGCCAAUGGCUCAGUUGUCUGUCAUUAAUGAGCAACUUUGGGAAGGUUGAGCCACUGGUAACAUGAAAAUGAAAUUACUUACAAGAUAGCUGAGGUUGUUUGACCCAUUGUCGUUCAUCCAUCCAGAGGAUUCUCUGUCCCUCUCCCCACUCUCCCAGUCGGCCAAAAUAUCUCUUCAAUGGUUUCGAUCUCCAUCUUAUUCACGAGUCCAUACCACAGGCUGACUCCUUGUUCCCAAUAACGUGUCCUUAGACUAAAGUGGAGUGGAAGCUACUUGACAAUUGUAUAAGGCUACUGGAACACUUUGGGGUACUGCCCAGAACUAACACAGAAGGGUGUGUCGGUCUGGGGAAUGGAUGAAGUACAAGGCUAGAGAGUAAGCUUGAACACAGCUAAGCAUACGCAGGACUUUAGAAACUUAGUGUGAUGUGAUAAAGGAUUUUAGUGUUAUUUGGUAUACGGAUUGAUCGGGGUAUAGAUGCACUACCUAGAAGUGUAAGGUGCAAUUGAGGCAUUCAAGAGCCUCAUAGUGGUAGAUUAUUUGGACAGAAAUAACAUGCAAGAGUAUGGGUAAUCAUGCUCGUUGACAGCACCAUGAGCCAAAUAGCCACCUUCAUUGCUGAAACACUUCUGUGAUAAAGUAGAUUGAAAAUAGCUAGUCCUCUGGUGUGGAGGAUCCAGAAGUCAAAAAGUACGGCUUUGCACCAAGGCAAGUGGAAAUCUGGAAGUGGAUUCAUGGUGUUACGAUGCAGAACACUCAACAGUCUCACUGAAUGGUAGCAUAGGCUUCAGGGGCUGAAUGGCCUCCUUUUUUUAUGUUUAACCCAUACCACCCCUUUGUUUUCCUGCCAACUUAACCUUCACUUUUAACAUCACAGAGUGACCCAUUCUGCACUGCCAACGAUAAUCACGGGUUAUGACACGCUGCAAAUCUCCCUCAUGACUCAGUUGUGUUUAACUCUGAUUUGGAGCAGGGCAAUGUGGGAUCCAAACCCUACCUCACCUUCUCGCAACAUGAAAUUUUAAAAUCAUUUGAAAUUAAGCUUUCAGAAAGGAAUUUCACAUUGGAGUCAACUGAAAUUUGACCCCAACAUGGAGCAGAUAUUCCUGUCAAGUUUCCCGAAAAAAAAAAAAAAAAUCCCAGUUUCUCUUUGAUUGGUGACUAUUCCUUUUGGAUGUAGACUGCUGCGUGUUGCUUUUCCUGUGCUCUGUAUCCACAGGAGACUCCAUAGCCCUGACUAUAGACAGGUUCAGGAAAUCUUACUGUUAUAAAGUUCUGAGUUGCUGCGAUGAUACAAAGACAGGAACUGGUACAACAUCGCACCAACCUAUGGGCACGAAUUACAAAUGGGUAAAGGCUGAGAGUAUUUUGGUUGCAGGAAUUGCUAAUGGCACUGCCAUCACUUGGCCUUGCUCCUGUUCAACCUCCCUCAGCUUGACAAUGCCUGUAGCUAUCACAACCUGAACCAUCCAAGGGCCAAGUGCUCCAGAACACUCUUUCCAGCCAGGCAUCUGAUACCUUAUAAGGGCAUCCAUGUUGCAGUUGGUAGCGUACCUGCCUCUGUUCAGUGGCUUCUGGCCUCACAUCCCGCUACCAGGAUGUCCAAGAAGGGUACGUUUCUCUAACACCUUCCAACAUGCCCAGGCAGAGAAAGCAGGAGACAUUCCUAGUCAACCAUGCAAUGGAAAGAAAUUACAGCCUCCAUCACGAUGCAUAGCUCCACACUACAUCAUGCCAGUAAAUAUGUAUGUUACUACAACAACUGGGACAUUCCCAAAUGGAUUGUAACCCACCAGCACCACUCAACAGUGUGUGGAUAUUUGCAACAGUGCAUCAAUCAGCCAUUCCCAAAUUAAAUGGAGGGGCCAGGUAUUUUCAUAUAGAUUCCCUGCAACAACUCAGACUAGAUUCAUGCUCUCUCCUAGUCCUUGAAAUUCAUUUUCAGACAGUUUUGCCCUGAAUAUCUUUGUUAUUCCCAAAUUGUAACCACAAAAAGUAUUAUUUAUUUUAGAAGUAAUUUUUUCCACUUCUCAUUGGGAUUACGUCACUUACCAUGUGAUUUAAUGCACAAUUCCGAAUCUCUACCAAGCCUGGUUAAAAAGCGUCAAUUUAAACACGCUGCCCUUUUAGUAGUGAUCCAAAGAUUCUGAUGUCAUAUGGCAGGGGUAUUGUUGUGUUAAUGCAGGGCUUUUGCUUCAACCAAGAAAGGUAAUUGACAGCAACAAGGUACAGGUGCAGUAAUCAUCUGACACAACUGCACCCAAAGCAGCUUGCAGGAUCUUAAGCGCAAAGACAUCUGUAUUCCAGUGGACUGUCAGCCUGAGGCCAUCAUUGACUCUGGUUUGCCUGGUCUUUAGGAGCCUGCACAAAACACUUUAAACGAAAUGAUUUCAUUUUAUUUAAUGUGACAAGUAGUAUGAGUGCAAAUUCACAAGUGAUUUACUUAAAUGCUAUGAGUACUAAGUACAAGGACUUCAUGCAGAAUUAUUUCAAAAAAUUAAAAUCAUUUUAAUUUAUGUCAAUUAACUAUCAGAAUAAAAU